ACGUGACUGUGGAUUUCUCCACCAAACUUGCUAGUUGAAUUUGCUCGGGUUUUCUUUCCCACUCCAGAGUUUGGACGACUCCAGAGAUGUACCGAGCUGACCGAAGACAUCGCUCGGAAAUAUUUUGUCAGGUCCCGAUGCAGUAAACUUGCAUGUUCGUCGGAGCUACGCAAUGUGAAUGAUUGACCCAGGAGGAAAGUGUCCUGUCUGCAUAGUGGGCCCAGGAUACUUUUAAAAGAUGUCGGGUGGUAGCCUGUUGAGCAAAGUGCGCUCCGCCUUCAGGAAAGAGCGUAACGACUGGGACAUGAGUAGCGACACGGCACCCUUCGACUUCUCAGAUGAGCUGGUGGAAGACGAAGUGCCCAAAUUCAACAAGCUGAAGGUGGUGGUCUCCGGCGAGAUGUCGGACUACUCUGCCGGGACUCCGUCCAAUGGAGUAGCGGUCAACACGCUGGUGGUGGCGGGUCAUGCGGAAGAUGAUGACUCCUUGCUGGACUCUUCCUCCAGCGUGGGCAGCCCAGGCUUGAACAUGGACCCAUGUGACAGCUGCACCAAGAAGAGGGAGACAGUGAAGCAGAGGAAGGUGAUGAAGAGGCUGGUCAUUGCGGCUCUGCUCUACUUUCUUUUCAUGGUGGCAGAAAUUAUAGGUGGAUAUGUUUCGAACAGUUUAGCCAUCAUGACUGACGCUCUGCACAUGUUAGCUGACGUGGUGGGUAUCCUGUUCUCUCUGCUGGCUCUGUGGCUCUCCACUAAACCUCCCACCAAGAGAUUCACCUUUGGACUGCAUCGGCUUGAGGUGAUAGCAGCUGUCCUGAGUGUGGUGCUCAUCUACAUCCUGACGGGAAUACUGCUUUUUGAGGCCAUUCAAAGGACAAUAAAACAAGACUUCAACAUCGAUGGCGAUGUCAUGAUCAUUACAGCGGCUGUGGGUGUGGCUGUCAACGUCGUAAUGGGCUUCUUAUUAAACCAAGGGUGUCAUCUUCACACUCAUGGCCACGGUCACUCUCAUGGCCACGGUCACUCUCACGGCGCCACAGCAGCCACGUCGGGGUCACAGUCCGCGGGAUCCGGACACAACCAGAGGCAGCACGGCAGCUUGGCUGUCCGAGCCGCCUUCAUCCACGCUUUGGGUGACCUUCUCCAGAGCCUCGGGGUUCUCAUAGCUGCAUACAUCGUCCGCUUCAAGCCCGAGUAUAAACUUGCGGAUCCAAUUUGUACCUACAUCUUCUCGGUUCUGGUUCUGUUCACCACAAUCCGCAUCAUACGUGACACAACAGUCAUUGUGCUGGAAGGUGUGCCGAGGCAUCUGGACACAGUGCAGAUCAAAGAAGAUCUCCUGAAGUUGGAGGACGUGCAGUCGGUGGACGAGUUAAAUGUUUGGGCGCUGACUGCAGAUAAAACCGCAGCACUUGUGCAUCUUCAACUAAAGCCCUCAAGUGCCAGCAACUGGGAGGAUGUCCAAGCAAAGGCUCGUCACCUGUUGCUUCACACCUACAGUCUGACAAGAUGCACGGUCCAGGUCCAGACGCACAGGCAGAGGCCCGUGCGCACCUGUGCACACUGUGAGCAGCUCAGCACUUAAAAACAUUGGCUGCUUUCACUUCUUCUUCUUUAUGCAUUUCUGCGGAGCCAUGUGUUGGCGAGUUCAGGCAGAAGGCACUUGGAUGUUCCACUCACCAAAUAUGACGUGGAACAUGAGCAGUAGUAACACCCUCUCGGUGAAAGGAUUGCCGCUGCCCGUGACUUGACUGCUCUUCGGCCAAUGUUGACUGACCUUUGACGUGUUCAGUUAAGGAAGGUAAACCUUCAGCACAAUCUCGUCAUUCACCAUUAAGGCCUAUUUAUCUGUAUUUUACAUGACCGGUGUAUAUUUUUUUGUUAUUGUGACUUUAAACUCUGUUACUUUAUCUGUGGAAAGCUGUUUGAGCAUUUAAUGGCCUUGAUAUGCAGCGUUGAGGUCUGUGUACUAAUCCACUAUUUGUCCUCACUUCUUAAACAAUGCAGCACAACAUGGUUCUUUACUAAUAAUGUAUUUUCACUACCUUAUGAAAUUUACAAAUUAGCAUACUAGUAGGAGGGGGGCACAUACUAUUUGACAUACUUUGGCAUACUAGUUGACAUCUGUGCACUACCAUCGCCACUAGUAAAGUCAGAGAUGUGGAAAAAGUUUUAUUAUUUUUAUUUUUUUCUAGUAAGGCAUAUGUGGACCUUAAGAUGGAUGUCAAUGAUAUGGAAUAAAGCUCAAACAGCUUUCCUAAGUUAACCAGCAAUGUACAGCUGUGGCCAGUCGGCUGACUGAAUCAGUUAAUACACCUCACAGUACUAACCAAAGUCACUUUAUAUUAAACAACAAUGCGGACGUGAUCCACACUAGUAUUCAAAUUAAAUUCUGAAAGCGCUUGACUUUGGAGUCACUUUGGAGUUGUGCCAUGAUAGCUGCUGUACCUUAAUGAUGACUGACAGUGUUAUAGCGCUGAGCCAACUUAUUUGUUUUCUAAGUGACUUGGCAUUCACAAAUAGUAAUGUUGUUCAUAUUGCUUGUAUUAAUCAUCGAAACACAUCAUGAUCACUUUUGUUUUGAAAUAAAAUACUUUGUUUCAGCCACA